AUGAAUGGUGUAGCAACAACUGGUGGUGCAUCUACGCCUUUUCCUCCUGCUUCAUCAAAUUUUCAACUUUUCGGCGCUUCUUCUUCAUCAGCUGCUGCUGCUCCUGCUGCAUCUUCAUCUCUAACGUUGAAUUUGUUACCGUCAAGUGAUUACAUUACGUCAAGUUUAUUAGCUAAUUGUGCUCGACAAGUUCAACAACUUAGGUACACCAGGCAUACUCGACGAUUCUCACCUCGUCAUGAUGGACCUAAUCGAGAGGGAGCUCUUUUUUGUCGUUCUGGUACAUGGGUGGAAAUUUUGGAUAAACGUACAGCUGAAUAUGAAGCUAAAACGAAUGACUUAUCAAGACCAGAAUACGUACGUGGUACACGCUUAGAAAAUAGUCGAUUCAGUAUAUUGGAAUUUAUAUCGGUUGCAUUUGGUUUAGUAAGUAUACGUGGACGUGAAUCACAACGUUAUUUAUGUAUGGAUCGUGAAGGUCGCUUAUAUGCUGCGUUACAAAAAAAUUAUUCAAUGGAAUGUGUUUUUAUGGAGGAAAUGCUUGAGAAUUAUUAUAAUUUAUAUUCCUCCUGUGCAUAUGGUACACCUAAGAAACCGUGGUAUAUUUCGUUACGUAAGACCGGUCGACCACGUAAAGGUAAAUAUUCUCGUAAACGUCGAAAAUCAUCACAUUUUCUUGUUGUACACUUUGAUGAUGAUCAAGAUAAUAGUGAUUCUGGUGGCUAUUCGUAUUCCGGUGAUGGUGAUUCCAUUCAUUUUUCUAAAACACAAAUUGUUCAACCCAAUCGUUAUGAUUAUCUAACACAUUAUACUUCUGAUGAUGAUAAACCACCGCCUCCAAAAAGUUUGGAUGAUAUUUUACCGGGUACACUGCAACAGCACCCUCCUAAGAUGUCGCUUACUAGGCAAUAUUCACCAAUUGAAAUGGCACGAUGGAUUUUAGCUCAGCGACGUACAAAUGAUGGUAAUCGUAAAAUGUCACGUGAAGAACGAAAUGAUAUUCGAAGGAGAAGACGAAGGAAAAGUCGUUUGGAGCGGGAGGAGAGGCAGCGACAGCGACGACGACAAGAACUCGAAUUAAAACGUGCUAACGCGUACAAGGAGCAGUUAUGGCAAAAUAGGCAACAGUAG